AUGGGCCGGAGAUAUUAUUGCGAUUAUUGCGAAAAGAGCUUCAUAGACGACAUAGACGCGAGAAAGAAGCAUUUACAAAGUUCCAAUCACGUGAAACUGAGACACAUGCACUACGAGGCUUGUAGAGAUCCGGAGACGAUUUUGAGGGAAGAGCUACUAAAGGCGUCUUGCAGGCGGUUUUUCCAAGGCGGCGGUUGCCCUUUCGAGGGCGUUUGCAGGUACACCCACUACUCCCCCGAGCAGCUCUGCGAGCUCCGACAGAAAGUGGAGAACAUACAAGAAGAACGAAGGCGAAAGAACGAAGAAUCGCUCGAUGUAGCCCCGCCGGAGAGCUGGGUGCAGAAAUACAAAGAGAACAACAACAAAGAGGACAACGAUGACGUGCACAUCUUCUGGUCGUAUCCCAGGCAUCUGGAGAGCAGGACGGACUUGCCCCCUUCGUUGGUUAAAUUCAAACCGGAGCAUUUCUACGACGAUAACCUCGAGGAAUGGGGCAAUUGA